CUCAGGUUUCUAAUCUACAUGCGUCAUAUAAAAGGGGAGGAGAUUCAUAGAGAAAGCGAGGCUUCAUGUUUGGGCAUAGUGUUUAAACGCUUUCGUGUCUUUUUUAGCAAAAGUGUAAAGGGAAAGUGAAGGAAAUUAUUGAAAACUUUCCCCUUUCCGUACAUCCGAAUAAUCACUGCAACAAGAACUGCUCUGUGGAGAAUUUGUUUCCUAAGGCUUGUUUGAAGAGUAUCAAAUCUGCCUCUCAAGAGCUGAGAUCGCAAACACAACUUCCCUACCUUUUCUCCCCCGCAUAGUGAUCGAGGUGCUGGUAAACCGACGCUGGCUCUGAAAAUCUCAGAUCUGUCUUCAACAUGUCUGGCCCAGGCUACCCAUCUCCACACCAGCCUCCUUAUCCCAUGCCCCAGCCGGGCGGUCACUCCAUGCCCCCCUAUCCCAUGGGAGGUUAUGGAGAACCUGGACAGGCGGCACCACCUGCAGGGUUCCAAGUGGGAUACCAGCCAGUUCCAGAUCAGCCAGUCAUGUAUCAGCCUGGUCCAGUUAGUCCAGCAUCUCACCAUGGCCAGCCAUAUGGAGCACCUGUAGCUGCACCAGUCUCAGUGCCUGCUGGAGUACCACCUGGUCUGGAGUACCUCACUCAGAUUGAUCAGAUCCUUAUUCAUCAGAAAGUGGAGUUGUUAGAGGCAAUAAUUGGCUUUGAGACCAACAACCAGUAUGAGAUCAAGAAUAGCCUCGGUCAAAAGAUUUAUUCUGCCAAAGAGAAAAAUGACUGCUGCACACGCAACUGCUGUGGAGCCCUGCGCAGCUUUGACAUGAAGAUCAAAGACAACGCCGAUCGAGAGGUCAUACGACUGAUCCGACCUUUCCGCUGUGUCUCCUGUUGGUGCCCCUGCUGCCUGCAAGAGAUGGAGGUACAGGCCCCCCCAGGAACGACUGUAGGGUAUGUGAAGCAGGACUGGCACCCCUGUUAUCCGAAAUUCUCCAUCCAGGGGCCAAACAAGGAGACUGUGAUGAAGCUCGAGGGGCCCUGCUUGGCAUGUAACUGCUGUGGUGAUGUGAACUUCGAGCUCAAAGGCAAAGACGGUACUGGGAAGCCUAUCGGUCAAAUUAGUAAGCAGUGGAGCGGCCUGUUAAAGGAAGUCUUUACUGACACUGACAACUUUGGCAUCCAGUUUCCAGUGGACAUGGAUGUGAAGAUGAAGGCUGUACUUAUGGGCGCUUGCUUCCUUAUUGAUUUCAUGUUCUUUGAAAAAGUUGGAGACACAAACCAGCGCAAUACUGUAUUCUCUUAGAGCUCCUGCUAAGUUACUUGUUAAGUGACAUAUUUUCAACUAACUCGCAUCAUCUUUCAAGUCUUUUUUUUAAACGGAUGAAAUUCUCACAUUCUGUGGACACCCUCUGAGUCUGGACUUUCUUUAUUUCCUGCAUUUUCUUAGGUAACCAACGCCAUAUACAGCUGGCACUGCAGUGAAACCAAGGGACAUGUUCAAGGUCAUUUUAUAGUGUUCAUGUGACCAGCAAUAUUUACAAUGGCAGGCAAGGUAUCAUGAGUAACUGUUCACUGGUGCCUUUUAAACAAUCACAGCCUACAAUAAUUACAAAUUACUUGUUACAAUAGUACAAGCAACUAACAUUUAUAUGUUUUUGUUACUUUGUAGAAAUAAACUAACAUGCAACGUUACACGUUUUUCUAGACUUAUCUCAUGCAUAAAGUAUAUUUUUUCAGUCUUUUAGAAGGAAAUUCAGUUUUAUUGUGCUCAACGCAACGCAUUUUAGUUAAAACAGUGGUUCUUAAUUCCAAUCCUCGAGUAUCACCGCUCUACACAUUUUGUAUGUAUCUCUUAUCACUUCAGACGUUUGUUGUAUUCGAGUGUAAGUGCCCUGCGAAGUGGACAUCACCGGAUAUUCCGCCAUGGUUCUAGUUCGAAGGGAGCGUAUAUUCCAUUCAAAGGGCAUUAAAGUGUGCAAGACGUAAAUUUAAAUUGUAUUUAUUUACAGAGGUAUA